CUUUGUGCUUUCUGCGACCGAAGUUUGAGACUCGCGAGCGGUAUCGCUGUGAUGUCUACAACCGUCAGUGCAAGAAUAAUCGCCCACGUACCCAUUGGACAAGAGCACAAAGGUGUUUCAUCCGAUAUCGUUGCGCCCCGCUUGCUGCACACAAUGGCUCAAAGAGCGAAUGCCGAGUUCUUGGGCUUUGUAGACAGAAGCAGCAUCUCGAAGCUCUCGCCAGAGAUCCUGCAGCUCGUCUUCGAUCGCGCCGUGCCGCCGUGCUCCCUGAUCUCCCCUGGUUAUGCGGUCCGCGAGGACGCACGUGUUUUUGCCAUGAAGAUGAAGACAACGCUACCUCUCGUCUGCCGCGCUUGGUAUGGGCCCUCUAUCGAGUACUUCUACGGCAACAUCACCCUCCGCACCGUCGGCCAGGCCGCCGCCUUGCACCAGACGCUCGAGCGGACGCCGUCCCUGGCUGCGCUGGUGAGAGAGCUCACCUUCGCGUGCUAUGUAUCCCCAUUCCACGAAGCGGCGUACGCACAUGCGGCGCGUGCCAUUAUGCGCGCGUGCUGCUCUCUGCGCCGCGCGUCUUUUGUGCAGCACUGCGAUGGAAACUUUGGGGUUCUGCUACCUAUUUUGCAGCAGGAGGGCCCCGAGCCGAGAUCUGACGUUCAGAUCUGCCUGGACCUGUAUUCUGGCGAGGAGGUUGAUGUUCCCGAGGGCGAACCCUGGCUGGUGGAGGAAUACUGGAAGACGGCGCCGCUGUACGCGCCCCUGCGUCCAGGUACGCGCACGGUUGCGGAUCUCGCACCCAGCCUCGUCGAGCUCAACCUGACUCUCCAUCCUGCCAUGGCAGAGCUACUGGUCAGCGAGGUAGUGUUCUGCGCUCUCGCCACGUUCACCUGCGUCGACUACAUGGGCUACGGCAAGGACGACGCAUUCGAUGCAGUGAUCCGCCACUGGCGCAUGCCCGUGCUCAGAAACCUGACCAUCCGGCUCGACGCGCACCGCUCGAUGGAGCGGAUAAGUGCCUUUGUUAGGGCCAACGGCAGCGAGCUGCGCUACCUGCACUUCCAAACACAUCGGGACGCGGACGAAAGCGGCAGGAGUUGGUCGCUUGAGGACGUGCUCGGCGGCUGCCCGCGCCUUGUGCAUCUCGUCGUCCCCUGGCAUGUGCAGGUGCCGCGCGCGCACCCCUCAUUGCGCUGGGUCGACGUUUGGGCGGCGGGGCGGCGAUGCCCGAAUUACAUGCUGGAUGAGAAUGGGAUCCGCAAGCCCGGUAUUUGGGAGGCCUUCGCGCCCACCUUCGCUGCGCCGGAGGGGUCGAGGGAGUGGGAGGAGGUACGCGCGGCGUUCCCAAAUUUCCGCGGUAUGCGUACGCUGGGGAAGUGGCUGGAGGUGGGGAGCUUGCCGCGAGAUUUGGCGAGGAUCUUGAAGCCUGAGGCGUGGACAGGCGCAAGUGCGGCCUUCGAGUAUCCUGGUAUGCACGUGCGGCACGACGCGGAGGGGGUGUGGUGGGCGGAUUCCGUGGAGUAUAGUGAUGAUUACGGGGAUACGGAUGAUGAGCUUGAAGGCGAGGAUGGCGAGUCGUGGUCUCAGUGCGCCAGCGAGGAGUCUGAGGAAUGCCAGGAAGAAUUGGAAGAGGGUUCGGGUCGGGGUAAGCACGACUGCGACGAGGGAGGAGUAGGUGACGAUGAGGACGGACUAGCCAACAAGAACGAAGAAGAGGAGUUCAUGGACAGUAUCUUCUACUACCCAUCGGACUCAGAGCAUUCGGAGGAAGGUGGCGAUGAGGGUGCUACAAGGGACGAAGACGAUGGGCAAGUAGUGGAAGAGGACAGUGCAUCUUCCGUGCAUAGCUCGGACAGCGAGUGGGAGGCCUCUGAUGACGAGGAGGAGGACGGCGAGAACCGUCAAUGGUCACACGAAGACGUUCUGCGGGCAUUCAGGCGGGGCCAAUUAUAAUAUGCCAAGUUGGACAUUUACCUUACAUCUCUUUCACUAUAUGUCAUGCCAUGCACACAGGCUACCCAAGGACACUACCUUGUACGCGAACAAUCAAAAAACCUUCCAUCCUCGCUACCUACCGCCUCUGCAAUACCCACAACUUGGGCGCCGUGCGCAUCCGCAAGAUUGUCCACGGCUUCCUCAGCAGCUCUGCGCUCAUCUGCCUCUCGAACUCCCAUCCGUCGAAGGCCUCAAUGACGGCGAGGAUUUCCCAAGAGGCGGCGAUGGGGUCGACG